UACUGAAGGGACCGGUUAGAAAUCUGUAUAGAAAGUUUUCCAUUUUCUGGCAAAUUUCUAUUAAAUUUCCCAAAGUAUGAUAACAUUAUUUCCAAUAUAAUAUUUCUGUUGCUUUAAUUCAAUGCCAAUUCGAAAAGACUCGAAACUGGUGAUGUAUACAUAUUUCUACGCAAAAUAAACCCUCCCUGUCUAGUUCAAACGCACCUCCAUUUAAGAAGAGUUAGAAAAGCAUGAGAGUCGCUGGAGAAAUCGAAUUUUAAACGAAUAUGUAAGGUGAUGAAAUAAAUCCACACUGCUGGCCAAGAUGAACAUUCUACGUUCUCUGCGUCCUCUGUCCAGUUGGAAGUAUGGACCAUCCAGACUAUGGUCCUGUGUGGGACAAGGGGAGACAAUCCAUAGAAAAUUUCCGGGAGACUGCAGAAAUCUGAGUAUCUAUAGGAAAGAUCUUGUAUUGAACAUCUUAAGACCAUGUUAUAUAUUCAGAGUGGUGUCUGGGUGUGGAAGGUCAUACAAUCAACUAUCUAGCUGUGUUAGGUUUGUACAUACAAAACAUGGAGGUACGGAGACCUGGACUGAUGAUCUGGAUGAUGGCGAUAGAACAGCCAAUGAUAAACAUUUAGCAUUAAUGGAGAAGAUCGAGGGACAAAUCAUUGAGAUAAUUGACAGUGUUCUGGAGAGAACUGAGGAAAAUGAAAUGGUUGGGAGCAAUUUGGAAAAUGUUUUAGAGGAAGGUGUUCGACAUUUGUACAGUUUACGUCUUUCUCCAGAACAAAUUCAUCGCUUGAUGUUAGAAUACAGGGAGAUAUCUAGGCAUCAGUUUUUUAUUCCAAUCACACAAUUCUUGUACAAAAAUGGUUUGAAUGGCAAAAGGACAUGUAAGCUUGUGACAAAGUAUCCUGACAUUUUAGAUAUACCAAAGGACGAGAUUCGGGAGAAGAUUGAACAUUUACGCGAACUUGGGUUCAUAACUCCAGGUAUUUUAUUAUUAAUUGAAGGUUUACCUGAAGUGCUAAAAAUACCUGUAAAAAAUAUCAAGAGGCGCAUCUCAGAUCUUGAACUAUUGUUCAAGUCUAAAGAUGUGCUUGAUCUUAUAACCAAGUCGCCUUCCCUUCUGAUUGACGACCCAGCUUUGAUCCAGAAAAAAUUUGAUUAUGUUUUUCAUGAGAUGGGCAUCAGUCAAAGACAAAUCAUGUACAGCAGUCUGUUCAAGCAUAGUCUGAGUCAUAUCAGGCAGCGACACGUCUUCUUGGUUCGUGCAGGUUUUUUUAAAAAGACUGUGAAGAGGGGUCAAAUUAACCCUAAUCCUUUACUAGAGGAUAUUGUUGAUAUUUCAACCCGGGCUUUCCUAAAGAAGUAUGGUAACAUGACCAUGUCGGACUACAUAGCAUUUCGUGAAUUGUUUGAACGUGAAUCUAAUGAAAUUCAGGAUGAGGUGGAAGAUGAUUCUGAUGAUGAAGAAAUACAAGGAUGGAAGAGAUGAGUUUCAUGUGGUUCUGAUGAAGUUUGAAUUAAAAGGGCAUUCCUUCGUUUAGACAUCAGAAACAUGCACAAUUUCUCUUGAUGAAAUGUAUAUCCGAACAAUGAUUUAAAAUAUAUGAGUGUUUGUGCCUUCAAGUAAUGAAAUUAAUGCCAAAAUGUGCAGGAAAAAAGCGUUAGUAUACUGUUAGUAUGUCUUUGUGGUAGUAAGUGAUACUUCAGGUCAAAUUAAGAAUUUUCAGGACUUAGAACUCGAAGAACUUUGGUUUAUCUUGAGAGUAAAACUGCCAUAUUAAUGUAAAGAUUGUAACUUUUACUACUUGGAAAAAAUACAUAUUUUCCAGUAAGGUUAAUUUUGACGACCUAAAUUUUAUUCAAAUGAAGGAAUGCCCCUUUCAGAAAUAACACUGCAAAACCAUUUUCUUGCUGUACAUUUGAAAUUUAUUUUGAACAGAAAAAAUUUGGUACAUUUUCAAAAUAAUACUACGAUAUACAUUAAGUAAUGAGCCACUGUGUGGUAGUAAGCCCACCCAGUGUUUAGCUGAUUCUCAAUCAUUAUCGACGAUCAAUCAUUGAUAAUAAGUGAUUAGUAAAUCAGAGGUUAAGAUCCAAAGUCAAUUAUUGUGAAUAUAUUUCUCUUGAAUAAGUUUGAUAGGUUGAAUACUUUGGUAAGUUUACUUAAAAUCUACUUACCAUGGUAGUUAUGCUGUCUUUAUGAUGAAUUUGCAUUACAGAAAGGGAAUGAUACUAAGCAACCUCCCAGUUGUGAGAAUUUUUUUUAUUUCUAACAUUGACGACCGAUUACAUGAUCAAUAAGUAAAGAAGUCCAGGUUAAAACAAUAACUGGUCAAGAUUUUUCAGCUGAUUCCGAGAACUUAGCCCAGCCACUUGUAAUAGAGAUAUUGUGUUGACCAAUAGAAUCUUCCCUAGAGGAACAGCCCACCCACUUGUAAUAGAGAUAUUAGCAAUUUCCUAUAGUUUUCGCCUAAUCUCUUUCAAAAUUGGUAUGCAAUAUGAUAAUGAUAUGAAGUUUUGUCUACAUGAAAAGAAAUCUGAUUCGACUAUUUUUACAAAAAAAAUUAGAUCUUCUACAUUUUUCAAUUGAUUUUUUUUGAAACUUGAUAGAUUUUAUAAUCAUGAUAUGAAGUUGUUUGCUUGAAAAGAAUUUAAGAUCAAUUUGAAAAAGUUAAUUUCCUUUGUUUAUUUCAAUAUUUAAUUUUUGUCUGACAAUCUUCUCCAACAUUUUUCAACUGAUAUGUUUGAAAGUUAGAAGACAUUAUGCGCCUGAUAUGAAGUUGUAUCUCACUGAAAAGAAUUCUUAUUGAACUGUUUUUGUAAAGGUUAUUGCCUUUUAUUUAAGUAUUCAAUUUUUUUUCUCCUACAUUUUUUAACUGAUCUCUUUGUAAUAAUGAUAGUUUCCCCAAAAACAAUUUUGAUUCAGCAAUUCUUGCAAAAGUUAAAAGUUAUUGCCCUUUGUUUAUAUCAGAAUUGAUUGUUUUCUGUAGAUUUCCUCUUAUAUUUUUUGACCAAUGUCAUUGAAACUUGGAAUACAUUAAAUUCCUGACAUUAAUUGAUGUUUCGGCACAAAAAAAUUCUGAUGCAAUUAUCUUUUCCAAAUGUCAAUUUCUGAUUUUGAAGACUUGAGUACUUGAUAUUUUGAUGUGAAAUGUUAUAGCAUACCAGAUAGCCACUCUUAAGGUGAUACAAAUCUUAUUUUUAUUAUUUUUAUACAAGAUAGUAUGUAAACAAUCUAUGGUAUUUGACAGGCAUAUACUGUUCUGCUCUGUGAUGCUCCUGUUCUCCCACCAGACUAUUUUGAUUAUGCAGAGUCUAGUUGUUCCAAUAUUGGAAAAGACAUUGCAAUGGAACACAAUGUUGAUGUGAUGUAAUUGAAUUGUUGCUGUGACAUCAUUAUAACAUCUAUUGAUUAUUACGUACGAUCUUUCAUACCCUAGAGAAUCAGAGAUUAUAAUGUUAAAAACACAAUAUUGACUUGGGUGUUUCUGUAAAAAGAAACAUAAGUUAAUACCACAAAAUAUUGACCACCAAGUGACCAUGUUUUAGCCAAUGAGAAUUGAGAAAAAAUUGGACCAUAUCUAAUAUUUGUAUCUAUAUGAAAUUAUUAUAGCCAUGAUUUUAAUGGCUUCUUAUCUACUUUUUUUUCAUGUUGCAUAAAUUUGUUUCUCAAUCAACCAGCAUCUGUCUUUAAACAAAAUGUAUACAUUCCAUUGCUAUUCUAAACUAUUGUUCUGUAACUUUGAUAAUUACUUGGAUAAUUUUAAUGACACAAUAUUUACAUUGAAAAUGUACUGUAUCUUUAAUUUUCUGAUUAGUUGAAAUUUAAACAUUACCUGAUUUUGUUGAAAUUUGGUCAUUAUAUAUACUGCUAAAUGUGUUAUCAAUUAUUAUUUACAAAGGUGACAUCUGUAACAGUGCUCAUUACAAUUAAUACAUGUUUUGAUAUAAGAAUGUAUAGUGAAGAUUCCUGUGACCCUGAACAUUGUGGCAGAUAAGAGAUUAACCCAUGAAAUAAAAUGAUUAAAGUGACUCAAAUUUG